AAUGUCGUCAAACCGAAACCAAAUCGGGAAUGGCGAUCACAAGAUCUGUGGAACAGUGAAAACAACAAACGACCCACUGCGGAACUACCGUCUCAAUUCUCAACGACAACUACGACCCAUCAUCGACUUCUUGGAGGCUAAAGGAUCAUUGGAGAACGACCCACCCUCCGACAUUAUACCCAAUCUUGAAAUGUGCUAGCCUCUCGUUUCUGCAUCUGAUUACGCUUGUGUGUUCGUGUUUUUAACAGGGAUCUCGAAUGGAAGAUUCGGAGGGAAUCAAGCCCGGCCAGGUUUCUUUUCUGCUGGGCGUGAUUCCAAUUUUUGUUGCGUGGGUAUACUCAGAGUUUCUGGAGUAUCAGAAGGCUCCACCUAUUAUUAAAGUUCAUUCAGACAUUAAUCUUGUUGAAUUGGAUGAGGAGAAAGGAGAUAAAGUUAAAGAUGACGAGGCUUCUCUACUGGAAGGAGGCCUUGCGAGAUCAGCCUCUGCAAAGUUGCACAGUUCAUCGAUUAAAACAAACUUAAUUAGGUUUUUGACAUUGGAUGAAUCCUUCUUGCUGGAAAAUCGAGCUACAUUGCGAGCAAUGUCUGAAUUUGGGGUGAUUCUUGUAUAUUUCUACAUAUGCGACCGCACAAAUAUACUGGGAGAUUCUACGAAGAAUUACAAUCGGGAUCUCUUCCUCUUUCUCUACAUCCUUCUCAUCAUUGUUUCCGCAAUGACCUCUUUGAAGAAACACAAUGAUAAAUCAGCAUUUUCUGGAAAGGCAAUACUUUACCUGAAUCGGCAUCAAACAGAGGAAUGGAAAGGGUGGAUGCAGGUUCUUUUUUUAAUGUACCAUUAUUUUGCUGCAACGGAAAUUUAUAAUGCUAUUAGGAUAUUUAUUGCUGCUUAUGUGUGGAUGACUGGAUUUGGCAACUUCUCCUACUAUUAUAUUAGAAAGGAUUUUAGCUUGGCACGCUUUGCUCAGAUGAUGUGGCGGUUAAAUUUCUUUGUCGCAUUUUGCUGUAUUGUUCUUAACAACGACUACAUGUUGUACUACAUCUGUCCAAUGCAUACACUUUUCACCCUCAUGGUGUACGGAGCUCUUGGAAUCUUUAACAAGUACAACGAGAUAAGAUCAGUCAUGAUUACAAAGAUUCUUGCCUGCUUCCUUGUGGUUAUUGCAGUUUGGGAAAUUCCUGGAGUUUUUGAGAUAAUCUGGAGUCCAUUAACGUUCCUUUUUGGGUAUACCGAUCCGGCAAAACCUGAUCUCCCCAAACUGCAUGAAUGGCAUUUUAGAUCUGGUCUGGAUCGCUAUAUCUGGAUCAUCGGCAUGAUCUAUGCAUACUAUCACCCCAAUGUUGAAAAAUGGAUGGAGAAGUUGGAGGAGGCUGAAACAAGGAAGAGAAUUUCGAUCAAGACAAGCAUUGUUACCGUUUCUGUAUUAGCUGGUUAUAUGUGGUACGAGUACAUUUACAAGCUGGACAAGGUGACUUACAACAAAUAUCACCCUUACACAUCAUGGAUUCCUAUCACUGUUUACAUUUGCUUGCGAAACUUUACACAGCAAUUGCGAGGCUACUCUUUGACCCUCUUUGCGUGGCUUGGCAAGAUUACAUUGGAGACGUAUAUUUCACAGUUCCAUAUAUGGUUGAGAUCGAAUGUGUCUAAUGGACAGCCAAAGUGGCUUCUGUCGAUCAUUCCAGACUACCCGAUGCUCAACUUCAUGCUGACAACUGCUAUCUAUGUCAUAGUCUCCCUUCGGAUUUUUGAGUUAACCAAUACUCUAAAGACAACUUUUGUACCUACAAAAGAUAAUAGACGGUUGUUGCAUAAUUUCCUUGCCGGAGCUGCAAUUUCUGUAUGUCUAUACUGCAUCUCGCUGGUUGUUGUUUUGAUCCUUUAUUAAAAUGGGCAAACUAGUGAAGACUGAAGAGACAUAUAGAAAGGAAUUAUAUUGAAUUUUUGCCUCUCGAUCAAAAGGGAAGACUUUAUUAGAGGGGCGUUGCUGUUGCUUGCAGAUAGAUUACUAAAACAAGAACUCUGGCAGUUGAGGGGAAAACCCCCCUUCAAUUUCUAUCAUUUUGGAUGAUGAGCUAGGUACCAAUUGUGUCCCCCUGGAGUUUCGUAGAGCCCUCGAAUUUCGUAGGUAUAAGAAAAAGGAAAGUUUUGUAAUAUUGUGAUCAAUGUAUCAUCUCAUUCUUUUUGUUAUCCCAUCCCCACCUCAAAUUAGUGAAGAAAAUGACGGUUCCUGUGCAUAGAGAUGUAUCUGAUGCUCAACUGAACUUUUUUAUUAUUUCUAAUGCAUUCAUCAUUUUCACUUA